GAGCAACAUUAAUUUUGUAAAAGAAGUUCACUAUAAGUACUUUUGUAGCAAGAUCUAUGCUGCAUGCAGAAUGAAUUUUGUGACAGUGGUUCGAUUUCUUAGCAUACCAAUGGUACUAUCGCUGAAAGAGUUUUCCUUGGCUAGAUACAGUGACACAGCAGUGUAUGCCAACAAAAGUGUUCUUGACAUCAACCUGCUUGGAGAGGGUUUUGUCACUGAUGGAGGUGCUCUGGAGUGUCACACUGACAACACUACUUGCUGUAGGAGAGAUGAUGGAACAGCUGCGGGAGAGUGGUACUAUCCUGAUGGAACUGUCAUUGAAGGAGGUGGUACCUUUAAUGACAGUACUGGGUUCUACAGAACAAGAGGUCACAUGUUUAUUCGACUAAAUCGGCUGAGGAUACAGGAUCCAACUGGAAAGUAUCGAUGUGUGGUACCUGGUGCUGGAGGAGUUGAUAUCACUAGAUAUGUAACACUGGAAAGAGGAGUGAAAUGCACUGAUCUCCCUGCAAUCAGCAAUGGUCAAAUUAACUACUCACCUCCUCGUCAUUUAUCAGUUCUUCUCAGGAACACCACUUACAGAUACUCAGGAACCAUAGCAGUGUACAAUUGUUUAUCUUGGUACCAACUGGUGAGAGGAUCAUUAAUAAGAGUAUGUGGUCCAGAAGGGGUGUGGAAUGGAACACAACCAGCAUGUGAACUAGGUGUGUCUCCAAGUACUGUUUCAGAAUUUUCAACACCACCUCUAAUUACAAAUACCAUGAGAACAAUCCGAGACUUUGUAUCAAGUACCACUAACAGUAUUCUAGACACAUUCAGUCAGGCUUCCCCUACAACUGACUCUGUGGAUACUCCCACAACUUUGAAAACGUUGGCAACUGUCGUUGUAUCCAAUAGCAGCAUUAAUGUAGCCACUACUCAAAGUGGAUCUACUUCUAUACCAAUGAACAACUCAGGGGAUACUCCUGGCAGUUCUUCACCCACAACUUCGAAAACGUUGGCAACUGGUGUUGCACCCAAUAGCAGUAGUGUAGCCACCACUCAAGGUGGAUCUACUCCUAUACCGAUGAACGGCUCUGUUGUUCCUGCAAUAUUUGUGGUGAUUUUGUUAAUAAUUCUGGUUUCUGUAGGAGCUAUCACUGUUUUACUAGUGUACAAGAGGCACAAGAAAAACAAAACAAAUAAGCAAAAUAGAAGGGAUGAAAUUCAAUUACAUUCCCAAUAUCAGCUAACUGCUACUGAGUGUUCGACAGGAGAAUGCAGAUUGAAAGAUGCUGAUCAUUGUGAGGAUAUUACUAUUGUUAAGGAAGAACAUGGCAGUGGUGUCAAACAUGUUGAGGCCAUUCGAUCAGUUCCAGUCUCACAGUUUGGGGAGUUUGUCUCUCAGCAUCAUGCUCAAAGAAACAAGAAAUUCAAUGACAACUUUGAGACUCUUGACAAGGGUGAACAGGGUCACACUGUGAAUGUUUCGUGCAGUGAAGCAAACAUCAAAGCUAACAGAUACAAGAACAUCACUGUCUAUGAUGACAACCGUAUUGUACUGCAACCUUUGCCUAACUCACAGAGUGGCUACAUCAAUGCUUGCUAUGUAAACGGUUACUGUUGCCAAUCAAAGUUCAUUGCUACACAAGGUCCGCUGUUGAGCACUGUGUUGGACUUUUGGCGGCUGGUGUGGCAGGAGAGACCCUCUGCAAUAGUCAUGCUCACCAACACUGUCGAGAUAGGGAGAGUCAAGUGUGAGGAAUACUGGCCAGAGUCGGGGAGCAUGAGUUUUGUACCAUUCCAUGUAGUCAUAACUGACAAGCAGAUUCUUGCUGACUACACAGUCAGAAGCUUUGUUAUAAAUAAUACUUCUGAUGGUCUCUCCCUCGAAUUGACUCAGUUCCACUUCACUACCUGGCCUGACCACGGUGUGCCGGGCUCUGCCACACCCCUACUAGUUUUUCUCCAUAGAAUUCGAGCAUUUGCCGCUACUAAGACAGGACCCUUGCUUCUACACUGCAGUGCUGGGGUUGGUCGUACUGGUACUUACCUCACCCUGGACAAUGUCCUGGACCAGAUUAAGAUAGAGGGUGUGGUUGACAUUGAUGGGGUGAUUGUCAAGGCUCGCAAUCAGAGAAUGAAAAUGGUUCAAACCAAGGAACAGUACAUUUUCAUCCAUGAUGCUAUCCUUGAGUUCUUGACGUGUGGGGAUACUCAAAUCUCCUCCACAAACUUCCGUGCUGCCAUGGAUAAACUAAGUCGAAUGGACCCCAGCCACCUGCUCACUGGCUACCAACAGCAGUUCAAAGUCCUGGAUCAGGUGAGCCCCAGUCCCUCUCAGGUAAACUGCUUCACUGCUCUCAAACAUAAAGACAAGAACAGAGGAAACAAGUACCUUCCUAGUGAAAGGUAUCGAAUCAUAUUGUUUGGGGAACAUCCUGAUUACAUCAAUGCUGUCACUGCCAGUGGAUACAAGCAACAGAAGGCCUUCAUCAUUGCUCAAAAUCCUCUCGAAUCAACAAUCAGAAACUUUUGGAAACUCGUCACGGAUCAGAAGUGUGGAGCUGUGGUGAUGCUGUCUCAGCUAGUGGAAACUGGAGAGAAUGUGUGUGCCAUGUACUGGCCCGAAGAAGGCACUGAGUGCUAUGGGGAGUUUGAAGUAGAGUUGGUGGGGAUGGAGAAAUGCUCAGGGUUCACCAUCAGGAACAUCACUGUCAACGAUAGAAGACGUGGCCUGUCCCAACAAGUGGCUCAGUUUCAUGUGACCAGCUGGUCUCCCAACGGCUCCUGCUCCAACCUCAAGGCAGUCAUUGAUGUCAUUGAGGAGGUUACAAAGGUGCAAAGGAGAACUGAAAACAAACCAGUACUGGUCCAUUGCAGUGACACAGUGAGUCGCAGUGGCAUGUUCUGUGCACUAGCUACCGUCAUUGACUGUUGCAAGGUGGAGGGAGUGGUGGAUGUGUUCCAGGUGGUCAAGGUUCUCAGAGUCCGCAAACCAGGAGCAAUACUUACUGUGGAGCAGUACAAACUGGUCUAUGAAGCUGUGCUGGUGUUUCUGCAUGGAGGAAUUUGACACUUACUACUGUAACACCUGCUUGACUACAUAAUUACAAUUUAAAACUUCGCUGUGGUAAAUAUCAUUAACUGAAUAGUUUUCCUGUAGAAUAAUGUCCUACAUGUACCUGCAUGACUUUUACAUUGAUGACUUCACUGUAUAU